AAGGGGAGGCUCGAGAGUUCCAGCCUCGGCUCAGACUCGCUUAGAUGCAAAUAUCUUCAAGCUUUCAUUGGUCACCACCAGCCCUCGUAACCCUGGCAACACCGCCCGCCCACGAACCUCCGGGCGACGAUUGGUCCAUGGCGCUAAAGACCGAAAAGCGAGUUCCAGGCCGUUGGCUCGAAUGAUUGCAAAGCUGACGCCGCGGUUGGUGAGUCUGGAGGCCAGUCAAAGUUGGAGGCUGGGUCGAAUAGGCAGAAAUGGCGACAGAACCAGGCUGUGGGUGAAGGAUUCCUGAAGCAGUGGAGAUGUGAGGCCACUGAUCCCCGCGGUCGGCCAUCACACAGCUCCCAAAGGGGAGGAGGAAGCUGGACUCCGACCCGGAACGUCAGACAUCCACAUCUCCCACCCAGAUUAGAGGCCCAUCUUUGGAAAAAAAGAUCUGGGAACUACAGUCUAGCCUCAAGCCUCAAUUUACUUGGAGCUUGAGAGACUCAAAGCCUCCUGGACAGCAGCACUGCAGAGACAUCUCCCGUCUCCCCUAUGGCCCUGACCAUGCUGAACGGGCUCCUGAUUAAGGACUCAAGCCCACCUAUGCUGCUGCACCAGGUUAGCAAGAUUGCCCAGUUAGACACCUUCAGCUACCAGAGCUGCUUUAUGCAGGGUGUCUUUGCCCACUUCCCUGAGAUUCUAUUCAUCCACCGGACCUACAACCCACGGGGCAAGGUGUUGUAUACCUUCCUGGUGGAUGGACCUCGGGUGCAGCUGGAGGGUCACCUUGCCCGGGCAGUGUACUUCGCCAUCCCUGCCAAGGAGGAUGUUGAAGGUCUGACCCAGAUAUUCCAGGUGUUCAAGAAUUUUAACCCUGCAUGGGAGAAAGUCUGUACCAUCCUGGUGGAUCCUCACUUCCUCUCACUGCCCACCCUGGCCAUGGAAUUCCCAGCCGCUGAGGUCCUGCUCUCGGCCUUCCACAUUUGCAAGUUCCUCCAGGGCAAGUUCUACCAGCUAUCCCUUGACAGCACUGUGGAAAGUGUGCUCCUGGCCUCCCUGCAGAGCACAAUGUGCUCAGCCACAGCAGGCAACCUGAGAAAGUUGUACGCCCUCCUGAGCAGCUGUAUCCCUCCAGCCAAGCUGCCGGAACUCCACUCACACUGGCUGCUCAACGACCGCAUCUGGCUAGCCCACCGCUGGAGGAGCCCAGCCGAGAGCAGCCGCUACUUGCAGAGCCUUGAGGUCACCACCCGCAUCCUCAGCCAGUUCUUUGGCACCACUCUAUCUGAGAAACAAGGCAUGGCCUCUCUGUUCCGAUAUAUGCAGCAGAACUCUGCAGAUAAAGCAAACUUCAGCCCAUGUUUCCAGAGCAAUCAUGCCCCCUCAGACACCAUCCCUGAAAGCCCCAAAGUGGAGCAGGUGGGAGAAUCCCACAUCCAGCACUCCCUCAAUGCCAUCUGCACAGGGCCCGCAGCCCAACUCUGCCUAGGCGAGCUUGCUGUGGUCCAGAAAUCCACACACCUCAUCGGCUCUGGCUCAGAGAAGAUGAGCAUACAGAUCCUGGAAGACACCCACAAGGUGCAGCCCCAGCCCCCUGCCAGCUGCAGCUGCUAUUUUAACCAGGCCUUCCACCUGCCCUGCCGCCACAUCCUAGCCAUGCUCAGCGCCCGCCGCCAGGUGCUGCAGCCCGACAUGCUGCCGGCUCAGUGGACGGCAGGCUGUGCCACCAGUCUAGAUGGCAUCCUGGGCAGCAAGUGGAAUGAGACCCUGGAUAAACACCUGGCAGUGACUCACCUCACUGAGGAGGUGGGUCGCCUCUUACAGCAUUGCAGCACGGAGGAGUUUGAGCGGAGGUACAGCACCCUGCGGGAACUGGCCGACAGCUGGAUUGGCCCUUAUGAGCAGGUUCAACUCUGAUCACUCUCGGUGCCCAGAGAUGCUCAUGCAUGUGUACACACUCACAUUCACCCCUACACACUCUCACACUGUUGGACUCCCGUGGGCCCUCCUUCCAGAAUAAGGACAAGGGUCCUCUAAUCUGCCAUAGCCUCCUACCUAGAAGGUGUCUGGCUCCAUAAGACAGGAGUCAGCACACCUCUUCUGUAAAGGGUCCAAUAGUAUGUUUUACUUCGUGAGCCACUUCAGUCUCUGUUGCACAUUCUUGGUUCUGAUUCAUAAGUUAAAAAACCAUUCUUAGCUCAAGGGCCUUACAAAAACAGGCAACCCCUGGUCUAAGAUAAGAAAUAAGACAUCAGGUGAGAUUGAGGGCCUGGACUUGGUCACAGCUGCCCCAGUCAUGAGAUGACACACCUGACCCAUAUCCCUUGAUUAAGCUGGCAAGGAAGAUUUCCCGCAGACGAAGAGGCCCGUUUGGGAGCUGGCUCAGUCAGGCAUCCAGCACUUUUUCCCCCGACCCAUCCUGGGGUCAAUAAAAUUGAAUGUUGCAUAUUCCA